CGUCUUACCCCUCGUUGUAGCGAUACCGCCACCGCCCUGCGCUGCCCUUUGUGACGCAUAGUCGCGCCCGGUGGACGCGCCCUCGGUAAUCGCUAGAAAUGCGUUUUGCUCUACAACGUUAUUGUGUGUAUAUUCACGAUGAUGACGAUGAUGCGUUAAUGAUAAACGUAAGUGGUACUCGAAUUGAGAGCCACUGCUUUCCUUCAUACACAUCUAGUGCAUAUUUAAAUAAAAAAGAGAGAAGUGCGAGGCGUAGAUGUGUGAUAUGUGGUUAAAUUCAAAAAUUUUGUCGGCGUACAGUCGAUCGCGCUUGGAUUAUAUUCAUUGCGCAGAAAAGCCUGAUUAUCAUUGUACAAUUCAUACAUUGGUGAAUCUUCGUCGGGCGUCGUCGCCAUAUCCAUCCCGAGGACGAUCUCAGCGCAGGAGUGCCGGUGGGCACUUAGUGGUCAGUGAUCAAUGAACUCUACUUGUACUGUGUUUUGGCUAGUGCUGUCAGUGUACAUAUCUAAUGGAUCGACGACAACAUGACUAUUUAAUACUAAUAGUCGUAUGAAAUUUUCCAAAGGAAACAAAUGCGAAGUAUUGCUAUAAAAAAUAGCAUAAAUGAGUGAAAAUGAAUGAUAUAGACAGCAUGAGCAUGAAGGGCAGUGGAGGUUCCAAAAUGCCUCAUAGUCAUUCGACUCCAGCUGGUGUUGAUGGCGGUAGUCGAACACCACCUACAACACCCAGGAAGGCGGGGAAGAUGCUUGCAGUUCGUGUACAAAUGUUGGAUGAUACUAUUACAAUGUUUCAAGUACAGGCAAAAGCAUUAGGUAGAGUAUUGUUUGAUCAAGUUUGCAAACAGUUACAUCUUUUAGAAGCUGAUUAUUUUGGUCUUGAAUAUCAAGAACCUAAUGGGACAAAAUAUUGGUUAGAUUUAGAAAAACCAGUAUGUAGGCAAGUGGGAUUAUCAUUGGUUGAUCCUCUUCUCAGAUUUUGUGUUAAAUUUUAUACACCAGAUCCUGCACAACUUGAAGAGGAGUUUACAAGAUAUUUAUUUUGUUUACAAAUCAAACGAGAUUUGGCUCAAGGUUUAUUACAAUGCAAUGAUAAUACAGCAGCUUUAAUGGCAAGCUAUAUUGUACAAGCUGAAUGUGGCGAUUACGUUAUAGAAGAUUAUCCAGAUCAUACUUAUUUAUCAACAUACAAGUUUGUACCUCAUCAAGAUCAAGAAUUAGAACGACGUAUCAUGGAAAAUCAUAAAAAACACGCUGGACAAUCACCUGCAGAGGCUGACCUUAAUCUUUUAGAAACAGCACGACGUUGCGAACUUUAUGGAAUAAAAAUGCAUCCAGCUAAAGAUCAUGAAAGAGUAUCAUUGAAUUUGGCGGUAGCACAUAUGGGGAUAGUAGUUUUCCAAAAUUAUACCAAGAUAAAUACAUUUAGUUGGGCAAAGAUCAGAAAGAUUAGUUUUAAACGAAAACGAUUUUUAAUUAAACUACAUCCUGAAGGCUAUGGAUAUUAUAAGGAUACGGUUGAAUUCUUUUUCGAGGGUCGCAAUGAAUGUAAAAACUUUUGGAAAAAAUGUGUAGAAAAUCAUGGCUUUUUCCGUUGUUCUGUAGUUAAACACGUAGUACGACAAAAAACAAGGGUUCUUAGUCGAGGUUCAUCGUUCAGAUAUAGCGGAAAGACGCAAAAGCAAAUUGUUGAAUUUGUUCGUGACAAUUAUGUGAAGAGACAGACAUUCCAAAGGUCCAAUUCGUUCCGGCAGACUAGCGGUGGUAGGGCAUUGCAGGGCUCGGAGGGGGGAGGCUAUCGUGGGGCCACUCCGAGCAGCUCACUUAUGGGCAGCUCCAGCAUCUCUGCCCACCCCCUCCUGCCCCUCGGCGAUCCUGCCCUGGCAACCCCAGCUCUGUCUCUAUCAUGCGGCUCGAUGACACUGGAUUCUCCGACGACUGUGACGAGUGUCUCGAUGGGAGGGACGAUUCACCGUCGCGACGACACAGCUACAUCGUUUCGGACGCUCACCUCUAUCGACGUCCACUCGCCAGCCACCCCCAGCCAGGCUCCAGCACAGCGGCAGACGCUUGCUACCAAUCAGCAACGGAUUUCAUCAGCAGGUGGUGAUAUUAAUCGGUGGAGCUACACAAACGGAUACGUGAAUUCUCCGGCAUGGCAUGUGCCGUUUCGUGUGAACCCGGUGCGUAACGUAUUGGCUCACGCGACACCUCGCUCCCUGACCAAUCGAUUCCUUCCGGUUUACCCACGUUGAGAAUCGAGAAACGGGGCCAAUCUUGCGAAAUGCGAAAGUGACGUACCACGCUGCAGGUCGGAUUCGACAAUGAUUAAUCAAAAAAGAAUCGUAUCUUUUCCGAAAAAAAAAUUUCGCGUGGAAAAAAAUUGUCUACCUAACCGACCUUCAAUUCUUCUUCUUAUUUAAUUAUUAUUAUUAUUAUUAUUAUUAUUAUUAUUUCAAUUAACAACUCGUAAUUCCUUUGAAAAUAAGCGGAGUGUUUAAUCGUAUGCAAUUACAUUAAAAAAAUUAUAUACAUCGUAGGUGUUAUCAAAGAAGAUCGGAUUGAACGGAAUCCGCUAAGAAGAUUUGUUGACGCAACGAUUAUUUGAAUAAUUUUCAAUGAUUAAUUACGAAUGAUUCUUUAGAUUUAUUUUGUCAAAGCUGAAAAAGGAAAAGUUGUUAACGAUAUUAUUCGUUGAUUCAACAAAUCAACUCACGGCUGAAGAUUCAUUUUUUCUUCACGCUAUUACGCUGCUGCUCUUAGCCAUUUUUCUUUUUUUUUUUUUUUAGCCGCUACACGCCUUCUUACUUGUUUAUUCUUUCAUAGGGGGAAAAAAAAAGACAAAAAAAGAAAAGAAAAAAAACCUUAGUAAGAAACGUCAUUAUUAGCCAUUACUGGCUACAUUAGCGCGAUUAUAAUUUCCAUAUUCACUAUAUAAAAGCGAUAGAUAAAAUAGUAUACAAUAUUAACGAAUGGAUCAAAGAAAAAUUGUGAAAUAAAUAUAAAGAACGCUGGAAGAAAAGAAUGGAAACUUAAAAAUUAUGAAUUAAACAUGCAAAAUUUCUAUGAUGUUGCUAUCUUAUAAUUGUUACAUUCGCACUGCACACUGUAGGUGUUAGCAUUAGAAAUAGCGGUAUGUUGGUUUGCUAGAAGAUCAACAAACUUUUUUUUUAGAAAAUGAACUUAUUUUGAAUCGUAGUAUACUUUGUGCGAAAGAAAAAUAUUUCAAAGAUUUUUUAUAAUUUCUUAUAUAAACUCUCUACUUUGAGAUCGAAUUAACUUUUGAAUUGUUCGUCAAAUUUGGUAGGUUUUUUCAAUGAGAAAAAAAAGGAAAAGAAAAGAAAAAAAAAAGAAAAAACUUUUUAUGCUUGUUCAGUUAACCUGGCUUUGGCACUUCGACAUCAAAUCACGAGAGCACCCUUUUGCACUUUGUUUACCUUGUAUUCCGUUGCGUUAUCUCAUGAAUUACAUUGCCUCAUUUAGUUUUAUGUUGAAAUUUGUAGUGAAUGGAAUUAUACGAUAUUUAUUUAGCCAUUAUAGUUUUAUCAUGUGUCACGAAAGACAUCGUUAUGCCUCAUCAUAGUGUACCGUUCAAUCCUGUCUCCCGAUGUUGCGUAGAGAUGUGAAUUUUGGAAAAUCAUUACCACGAACGAAUCUAUCAAAUUUCUAUUCUCUUGUCGAAUAUCGUUCCGUGCGUUUCAAAGAUGAUCGUGACAAAUAACGUGUGAAAAGCAAAUCGACUAAAAAAUUUUAACACGCUUACGAUUUUUUCAUAAAAGAUAAUAAUAAUCUUUCAUUACAGAGAUUCUCAGGAACAGAAAGAUUUAAUGUGCGAUUAGAGACAAUAAUUGCUACAAUAUUUUAUCUAAAAAUUGAAUUGUGAAAGCGAUUAAAAAAAGAAAACAAAAGUCGAUCUUUUGUUUAUCAAAAAACUGAUCAAACUCACAUCUCUAAUUGCAGUGUGGUACUAAUCUUUCCUGCAUCAUACACACUCGUAUUAUACACAUGUCAAUUAUCAAUUAUCUGCCGUUCUACUCUUAGGUACCUAAUAAUCAUUGCGUAGCGUUCCCUUUUCACGAUAUUACAUAAAUAUAUUUAUUACCACCUGUCAUGAUGCCCUACCACUAUUUAUGUCUCUAAAUCAUUUUUAUAUAAAUACACACAGAGAUUCGUGUGUCAUUCGUUCUGUUUUCCUUUCUCUCUCUCUCUCUCUCUCUCUCCCGCUCUCCCUCUCUCUCUCUCUCUCUCUCUAUCUCUAUCUCUCUUAUUCUUAAUCACUCUCACUCUUAAUCGUGUGUUUCAUACGGGUAAUAUCAUAGUAUUUUUGCAGCAUAUGUGUAAAACACAUAUACACACACAAACACCACAUGUCCUGGAAUGAGCCUUCUCUUAUUAAUCUUCUUUGAUCUUCUAUUUAAUGUGGCCUUCUUCCAGGUGUUCAAGCCCGUUGUCAUUAAAUAUGUAAAUCAGUGUUAAUCACGGAUAAUAAUAACUUCGUUAUUAUUAAUGACUAAGCGAGACGACUAUUGUGUCAUUAUUGCGACAUACGAUAACUCUUAUUCUUUAUCCUUUUUUAAAAAAAAAAGUGAAAAAAGAAAAGAAAGAAACUUUUUCGAAAAUAAUUGCAAGACGGUUUGUCUUGAGAUAUUUACACCUGUAAUAAUUGAUUAAUAGAUGUUAUGUUUAUUACUUCCUCGAUCGUAUAUUCCCGAUUAUUAUAAUCAUGUGCCAAAUUUUUGAUAGCCUUCCGCUUGUGUUUCGAUGCUCGAAAAAAUUUCAUAUUGUUAAACGACUGAAUCCUUUUUAUGCUUAUAAAGCCAUUUGUUUGUUAAGUGUUUCAAAAUUAAUCUUUUCCAAUAAAAAAAAAUAAAAAAAAAAAAUAAAACAAUAAAAAAAAUUAAAAAAAAAUUAAAAAAAAAUUAAAAAAAAAUUAAAAAUAAAAAAAAAUGAGAAAAGAAAAGAAAAGAAAAAUAAAUCAAGGAAAAAAGAAAUAUGUACGCAAACAGAUUCGACGGGGAUGAAUAUCGUUCCGAUAAAGGAUUUAUUAUAUCGCGAUAUUUUUUUUUUUUCUCACAAAUGUCCUUAAGUACAACGAACGCACGAUAAAAGUUAGGAAAUUCGAAGUUUAAAGAGCAUUCGUUGAUACUACAAUUGACUUUAUACGUUUUAAUUAGAAGCGGAAAAGAAAAAGAAAAAAGAAAUGAAAUUUUGAUCUCGUUAAGGGACUAUCUUUUUCCUUUAUCAUCAUGAGCGUCUUUAAAUUAAGAUAUUUAUAGGAGAAAAGGAAAGAAAGGUUUUAUCGUGGGACGAGUGUUCAUCGUGUCUACUCAAUGCUCCCUCGUUUAUUCUUUGUGUAAUUUUUUCGAUCGUUUAUCGAUAUACCGUACUUGUUAACUCUACACACACCACAUGGACACCCACGCACAUACAUGCAUACAUAUAUACAUACAUACAAUUAACACGUACGUGAAACCUGCUAUCCGCGGCGGUUCCCCUCGGUAAGGAUAUUUAUGGAUAUAACUAUCUAUUAAAAUUCUGCUAUUACUUCCUCGAAAAACCACAAAAGAAAAAGUAAAAUAAACAAACAAAUAAAAAAAAUAAAUAAAAGAAAACAGAAAAGAGGGGAAUCACAGCGUUAGAACGGGGGAAAAGCGAUAUUCCAGGCGUAGGAAGUCUAUUGUACAUUGAUUAUUGAUACUUAAUUAUGAUAACAAUAAAUUAUAUACAAAGUCA